AUGUGGUGGCAGUUUGAUCGCCAAAAGGGAUCAGACGAGACGGGGUCCAGCAUAUUCUUAAGCUUGGUGCCUGUGGAAGCUGUUGUAUCGCCUAUCGACUUCAGCUACGAUCUUCCGAAACUGCUUGCAGAGUUCCACCAAUGCUGCUUGCACCAUGUGUGGGGGUCGACAGUAACUUCACCAGAGAAGUUUAACCGACUAUAUAUCUCUAUCUUGUCCAAUGCAGCGAUGACUGGGUUCAUUCUCGACAAGAUCCUGCUCGAAUCUGACGACGAGGCACCUCGCUUCUAUCUCUACUCUUCCAUCCUACAGCAACACAUUUUGACUGGGAAGAUUGCAAGGCAGCAACGCGAGCAAGAUAGCCCUGCCUUUUGCUUUUCGAUCACAACUUGGACAAAUGACGGCUUGCACAAUAUUAUACCAACACUGAAAGCGCUGUUCUAUUACUAUCGAAAGGUUGUUGUGGAACAAGCGAGCAAACUCGAAAAAGCUCGUGCUGCAUCUUUGGCGGACAGCAGAAUGAUGUGGUGGACGCCAAAUUUAAGGAAAAAUGCGGUCGAAAAUAUUCGAACUUCGGAGACAGUUGCAUUGAAUCACCAAUCGAAAGCCCAGCAGUCUGAUAGAACCAAGACGAGAUCGCUUUCGAAUGAGUGUGCUUUUCUCAUAUCGACCAAGGAUGAUCCUGUCAACAACCUCGACUGUCCGUCUACAAACAGGAAGAACGUAUCUAGCCUACAGCCGAUACGAUGGUGCAGCGUUCUAACUCCCGAAAAAAGGGAUUGCCUUUAG